AUGUAUCAGCAAAUCCUUGCUUUGGUGUUUGCUGUCAAGGAGAUCAAUAAGAACUCUGAGCUCUUACCGAACAUCACAUUGGGUUUCCACAUUGUGAACAACUAUUUCCCUGCAAGGAUUACCUAUAAAGCAAUCCUGAGCUUACUUUCUACACAGCAGAAGUUUGUCCCCAACUUUACCUGUGAUUUAAAGAAAACAUUUAUUGCUGCUAUUGGAGGACGUUUAACAGAGACCUCAUUCAACAUGGCCACAGUUCUUGCCAACUACAAGAUUCCACAGAUGGUCCCAAAUGAAAUGCAUCAAUACACUGGGGUUAUUCAAUUACUUCAGCAUUUUGGAUGGAAUUGGAUUGGCAUUUUGGCUGUGGAUGAUGACUAUGGCGACAUGUUUUUGCAGAAAAUUGAACCAUUGCUUUUCCAAAACAGCAUUUGUUACGCUUUCAUACUUAGAACACCACCGAAGGCGUAUCUAGAUGAAUAUAUACACUUCAUUUCAAUGGAAGUAAGAUAUGAUCAACUCUUUAUGGAUGAUAAAGUCAAAGUCUGUUUAAUUUAUGCCCUAUCUCCAGCCAUGCAAAAUCUGAGAGUGAUCAUCCUUGUAGCAUCUUGGAGUUCACUGCAACCUUUGGGUAAAGUAUGGAUUGUUACUUCCCAUUGGAAUUUUGAAUCCCUGGCCAUUCAGAGACUUUGGGGUAUACAGAGUUUCUAUGGUGCUCUGUCAUUUGCAGUUCGCUCAAAAGAGCCUCCCGGAUUCCAAGAAUUUCUUCACACUGUAAGGCCAUCUUGGACAAAAGAAGACAAUUUCAUUCAGAAUUUUUGGGAGCAGGCAUUUGACUGCCCAUUGCACAUUUCUGGUAUAAAUGAAAAUAACAAGUUCCAUUCUUUCUUGAAAAGCAUCAUAUUCAACAACAGUGUGGGAGACACUAUUAUAUUUAAUGAAAACAGACAACUGAUUACGGUUUUUGAUGUUGCAAACUGGAUUACUUUCCCCAAUAAUUCCUUUUCUCGAGUGAAGGUUGGAACCUUUGAACCUUGGGCUUCACCAGGCAGAGAAUUAACUCUUGAUGACAAUCAAAUUGUAUGGCACAGAAGCUUUAACCAGGUGCUUCCUCUAUCUGUGUGCAAUGACCACUGCUAUCCAGGGUCCUACAGAAAGAAGAAGGAAGGAGAGAAAUUUUGUUGCUAUGAUUGUGUGCCCUGUUCAGAAGGACAAAUCUCAGAUAAAAUAGAUAUGGAUGUCUGCAUGAAAUGUCCAGGCAAUGAAUAUCCCAACAAUAAUCAAAAUCAAUGUAUUUCCAAAGUGUUGACCUAUCUCUCUUAUGAUGAACCCUUAGGAAUCCUCUUUGUUACAUUGGCUACUGUUUUCUCUUUGAUUACAGUCCUCGUGCUUGGAAUAUUUUGGAUGCAUCAAGAGACUCCAAUUGUCAAAGCCAACAACUGGAGCCUCACUUGUGUCCUCCUCCUUUCCCUUCUACUCUGCUUUUUCUGCUCCUUUCUCUUCAUGGGAAGACCUGGAAGGUUGACUUGUCUUCUCCAACAAACAACUUUUGGCAUUAUCUUCUCAGUGGCCCUUUCAUCUGUAUUGGCAAAAACCAUGAUUGUGAUUCUGGCAUUUAUGGCAACUAAACCAGGAUCCAGAUUGAGGAAAUGGGUAGGGAAAGGACUGGCCAAUUCUAUUGUCCUUUCAGGUUCUUUCAUCCAGGUGGGGAUUUGCACUGUUUGGCUGAGUACUUCUCCCCCUUUCCCAGAUACAGAUUGGCAGUCCCUGAAGGGAGAAAUCAUUAUGGAAUGCAAUGAAGGCUCGGUGAUCAUGUUUUACUCUGUCUUGGGUUACAUGGGCUUCCUGGCUAUUGUCAGCUUUAACAUUGCUUUCCAAGCCAGGAAGCUUCCCAGCAGUUUCAAUGAGGCCAGGUUUAUCACUUUCAGCAUGUUGGUCUUUUGCAGUGUUUGGCUGACGUUUGUUCCAACCUACCUGAGCACCAAAGGGAAAUACAUGGUAGCUGUGGAGAUCUUCUCUAUCUUAUCCUCCAGUGCUGGUUUACUGGGGUGUAUAUUUUGCCCCAAAUGCUACAUCAUUUUAAUGAGACCUGAGAUGAACAAGAAAGAAAAUUUAGUAAGGAUGGAACAGUAA